AUGCCUAAAAACAUCAUUAUAGCUACUGAAAGGGUUGCUACGAGUCGAACAGACUUAACAGAACCUACCAGCAACCUAACAACAGUUCAUUCCUUUCUAUUCCACAGACCGCUUGAACUUUCAGAACCUGAAUACCCACAGGUUGAAUAUCAAAGAAGACAGCAGUUUUGGGAUCCUAUAAGGCUAGCGAUUUUCACAUUGAUAAUUGCAGCAAUCAUAGGAAUUGCAAUUGGUAUAGUCACGCAUUUCGUGGUUGAGGACGAUAGGUCAUUCUAUUACCUUGCCUCUUUUAAAGUCACAAACAUCAAAUACAAAGAAAACUAUGCAAGGAAAACCUCAAGAGAGUUUAUCGAAAGGAGUCAUCAGAUUGAGAGAAUGAUGUCCAGAAUAUUUCGGCGUUCUGGAGAAAGCCGGUUCAUCAGAACUCAUGUCAUCAAGCUAAGUCCCGAUGAAGAUGGUGUGAACAUUCUUUUGGUGCUCAUGUUUCGGUACCCAUCUACUGAUAGUGUUGCAAGAAUCAAGAAAAGAAUAGAAAAUAUUGUGUAUCAAAGUUUGAAGACCCAAACCUUGCCUUUGACUAUAAGCAAACCAUCAUUUAGACUCACACGCUGUGGGAUAAGGAUGACAAAUUCAAAUAUGCCAAUACCAUCGUCCUCUUCUAUGGAAAGAAUUGUUCAUGGCAGAGAAACAGCGAUCGAUGGGGAGUGGCCGUGGCAAGCCAGCCUCCAGCUCAAAGGGGCGGGCCAUCAGUGCGGGGCCAGCCUCAUCAGUAACACCUGGCUCCUCACGGCAGCCCAUUGCUUCCGAAAAAAUAAAGACCCAAGUCAAUGGGUUGUAACUUUUGGUAUAACUAUAACACCACCUGAAGUUAAACGGAAUGUGAAAAAAAUUAUCAUUCAUGAAAAUUACCACAGAGAAACAAAUGAAAAUGACAUUGCCUUGGCCCAGCUUGCUACUAGAGUUGAGUUUUCCAGUAUAGUCCAAAGAGUCUGUCUUCCAGAAUCAUCUAUAAAGUUACCAGCUAAAUCAAGUGUAUUUGUUACAGGAUUUGGAUCCAUUGUAGAUGAUGGACCUACACAAAAUACACUUCGCCAAGCCAGGGUAGAAACCAUAAGCACUGAAGUAUGUAACAGAAAGGAUGUGUAUGAUGGAAUGAUAACUCGAGGGAUGCUGUGUGCAGGGUUCAUGGAAGGAAAAGUAGAUGCUUGCAAGGGAGAUUCUGGCGGACCUCUGGUUUAUCCUGAUAAACGUGACAUCUGGUACCUUGUUGGUAUAGUAAGUUGGGGACAAUCAUGUGCUCUUCCCAAAAAACCUGGAGUCUACACAAGAGUGACUAAGUAUCGAGACUGGAUUGCCUCAAAGACCGGCAUCUAG